AUGGCACGAGUAUCUAGACCAACAAAAUGUGCAGAGUUGCGCAUCUCCGGUCUGGAUGACUCCAUCAGCGCAGUGGAAGUUGUCACUGCCAUUGCACAGCGAAGUGAGUGUCCUGCAGAAAUGGUGAAAAUAGGUGAAAUCCGCAGAACAAGCUCUGACACCGGUACCAUCUGGGUGAGCUGCCCGGUACCUGCAACCAAUAAAAUUGAAGGAGGUGGGCGCUUUUUGAUCAGAUGGGUGCCAGCACAGGUGAAAAUAUUGUCAUCUAGACUAUUGCAGUGCUACAAAUACCUGCAUAAUGGACAUGUGUGUGCCGAGUGCAGUUCAGAGGUGGACCGUAGCAAUGACUGCUACCGCUGUGGCCAGGCUGGCCACAAGUUCGCGAAGUGCACGGCUACGCCCAACUUUUCACUGUGUAUUGCAGCGAACAAGGCGGCUGACCACGUGCUGGGGAGCAAGAGGUGA